AUGCCCCCCCUGAAGUCUCGGGCCCGGGCCAAGGUGACCAAGCAGAAGGCAGAGGCCAGAAGAAAUCUGCCGAAAGACGGGAGACAGAAAGCUUCUCCUCAAACUCCUGAGAGGAAACUAAAACCCGAAGGGAAACCAGCAACGUGUGGAAAGACGGAAGACGAAGCGAAGAAAAGGUCAGAGCGGCAAGAAAAACGAGCUGGAAAAACUGUGACAGCCAAGACCAAGUCCCUGUCAAAGACUCUCCCAACCACGCGGGGAGGGAAGCCCUCCACCAAACCUGAAACCGACCAAUCAGAAACUGAGACCGAAGACGGGGUUAGUGACCACGAGGACGAAGAAGAGGAGGAGGAGCGAGAAACCGACGAAGAGACGGCCAAGACCAAGGGGAGUGACGACAGCUCGGAGGAGGCCCGGGUACCGGAUACUCCGUCCGAGGAGGGCCAGGCACCGGAUACUCAGAGCGAUGCGGCGCAGUCCGAGGAAGCCGAGUCCUCGGAGGAUGAACCGGUUCCAUCCACCGAAGAGGAGGAAUUCAGGAGGAAGACUGAGUCUGAACCGGUGAGUGAUGGAGAUGAGGAGGUGAGCCGGGAGGACGAUACCAAACGUAUCGUUGGGACGACGCGCCGGCAUCGCAGACGGGUGGUUUGUACCGGUCAGACCUCGAAACGCAAGAUGGUUAAGAAAACGCGGGCGGAAAAACGGGCCGAGAAGGCGGAGAAACGGAGGGUGAAAGCGGAAAAGCAAAAGUUGGAAAAGGAGGCAAAACAAAAAGCCAAGGAAGAGAAGAAGAAGAAGGCACAAAAGGACGAUCUCCGCGGCAACGAUGAGGCGGUAAAUCUGGCCGGACCGGACACGAUCGAGGAGGAGGGGGAACCUGCCGAAGCCGAUUCGGACGGUAAAGACCCCAACGCCUCGGUGGAGUCUGCAGCGCCGCAGGAAGCUGGAAGUGCCGGGAACAGGAAGCCGCAGAGCUUCCUGUUGGGGAAAGCCAAGAUGACAUCUCUCGGACAGAAGAUCGGCAGAAAGGUGGCGAGGCCCGAGGAGGAAGCGCCGGAGGCCGCCGAGGAGGUGUCGAGCAGGUCGAUGAGGCCGCGACCGAGCAUCAGGUCCCUCGGCAGCGUCUCCGGUUGGAUGCAGAAGAAAAUGCCCAGAAAGUUGAAUUUCGGAAUAAAGCUCUCGGCUCUGACGAAGGCGGUCGGAAUAUCCCGCUGGCUCUCGGUCCGAGCCGCAAAAAAGCGCAAACAAGGCACCAAAACGUCAAAGGGCAACAUCUUCAAGCACAGGAUGGCCUUGAAGAUCGCCGGUAAAACCGAACCUUCGGGGGGCCAAGUGGACGAAGACCAGAGCAAAGCUCAGGGAGGGGAAGAGGCGGCUGCGGAGAGAGACGUGGAGGCCAAAUAUGCCGUGGUGCUCCCCAGGAUGAACAAACUGGGCAAGGCAAAGGCGGGUACUGGACUUCCUACUCCGUCAAGUCCACCGGGAGAAUCCUCGGAGCCCAAACCGCCCAAGCCAGGAGCCAAGCUUGUCCUUCCUGUCAAGCCAGAUCUGAGUCUCCUGAAGUCCAUGAAGAAGCCGUCAGGCGGAGAUGUGACGGAGAAGACCGGAGGACCGGAGGAACCCCCCACCUCGGAGGACGGAGCCAGGACGGCUACCGUCCCCGACCAAAGUGGAGUCGGCGUGCUCCAGGCCGCCAGGGGGAAGCUGAAGUCCUCUCAGAUCAACCUGAGCAGGAAGCCAGGAGGGCUGGCGGCGAGUGGACCAACGCGGCCCCCCGGACUGGACUCGGUACCCAGAUCCAUGGUACCCGGGUCUACCGUACCCGUGUCUACCGUACCCAGGUCCGCCGUUGAGGCCUUUCCAGAUGGGGAAGCCGGCGAAGCCGUGCCGGGCGGCCGGUCUCUGUACGAGGAGGAGGCGGACAGGGAGGUGGCCCAGCUGAUGGCUGGGGGGGGGGCGUACACCUUCACCCAACCAGACCUGCACUGGGCCGGGAACCCCCAGAUGAGCGGAGACCCCCAGGAUUGGCUGCGGGCAGAAAGCCUGCUGCCUCACCAGACGGUGGAGAAGCUCACCAAAUGGACCGUCUAUGACGAUGAGAACCAGGCCAGGACCGUUGCAGCCCACAGCAGGAGGGGGCCUUGGGAAUCAGAAGACCCGGCCCAGGAGAUGCUGGAGAGCCGGCUGGACAGCACACAGGUUUUGAUGCCCCUCACCAGCGGAGCAGUGGAGGUGGACGAGGUGGAGGAUCUGUCCCAGCUAGAAGAGGUUUCCGAGAGCUCCGUGCUGCUGAACCUGAAGAAGAGGUUUCAGCGGGACUACGUCUACACGUACAUUGGAAACAUGCUGCUGAGUGUGAACCCGUUCAAGCCUCUGCACGUGUUCACGGAGGAGACGAGGCAGAAGUACAAGGACCAGGAGCGGCGCAGCCUCCCACCCCACGUGUACGCCAUCGCCGACGCCACCUUCCACCUGUCGCAGGACGCCCCCCAGGAGCAGUGCAUCAUCAUCAGCGGGCAGAGUGGUUCAGGAAAGACCGAGGCCACCAAGCUGGUCGUCCACUACCUGAGCACCACGUACCAGGGCGGGAACAAGGACCUCCGGCAGCCCAUGGACGUUUUCCCCGUCUUGGAAAGCUUUGGGAACGCCAAGACCAUCCUCAACAACAACUCCAGUCGCUUCGGGAAGUUCCUGCACAUCCACAUCCUCCAAGGAGUUGUCGUAGGAACGUCGUUGUCCAAGUAUCUUCUGGAGAAGUCCAGGAUUGUCUUUCAGGCCAGUGAAGAGAGGAACUUCCACGUGUUUUAUGAACUGCUGGCAGGUUUGAACGACUGGGACAAACAGGAGUUGUAUCUGCAGGGAGCCGAGACCUACUACUACCUGAACCAGGGGGGCGGCUGUGACCUGAGGGGGAAACAGGACAAGCAGGACUUCCAGCUGCUGCUUCAGUGCCUGGAGACCAUCGGCCUGCACGCUGAUCAGAUCUCCACCGUCUGGGCCGUCCUGUCCUCCAUCCUGCAGCUCGGCAACAUGUGCUUCAGCUCCUACGAGAGCGAGUCCUUCGAGGUGGCCCGUAUCUUCAGCGAGGCUGAGACCAGGAGGGUGGGCUCCUUACUGCAGGUGUCGUCCGAGGCGCUGCAGACGGUCAUCACCCACAGAGUCACGGAAACCACCUACGACAGGAUCUACUGCCCUCUCUCUGUCGAAAGUGCCAUAGAAUCACGAGAUGCCAUAGCCAAAGCUUUAUACUCCGUGUUAUUUGACUGGCUGUUGGAGCAGAUCAACGACUGGCUCAGUCCGUCAGAGAUGGACGGCACCGUGGGGGUUCUGGACAUCUACGGCUUCGAGGAUCUGGGGGUCAACAGCUUCGAGCAGCUGUGCAUCAACUUCGCCAACGAGCAGCUGCAGCAUUUUGUGAACAAGGCGGUGAUUUCUCAAGAGCAGGACGAGUACGCUGCUGAACACAUCCCCUGGUAUCCGAUGCCACUCAAGGACUUCCAGUCCUGCCUGGAGGUGAUUUCCUCCCGGCCUCACGGCAUCCUCCGUAUCCUGGACGACCAGACCUGCCUCCCUCAGGCCACCGACCACACCUUCCUGCAGAAGUGCCACUACCACUACGCAAACAGCCCUUACUAUGCCAAACCCAAGAAACCCAUGCCAGUCUUCACCAUUUACCACUACGCUGGUGCCGUCACAUACCAGGUCCAUAAUUUCCUCAACAAGAACCAUGACCAGUUCAGGACAGAAGUGGUGGAGCUGUUCGCCAGGAGUCGCAUCCAGAUGAUCUCUGCGCUCUUCAGGAAGGUUCAGGACAACUACGUCCAGCAGAGGGAGCUGGGCUGGAGAGGGAGAGGCCUCCGCCAUCAGCCCUCCACCGCCGCGUCCCACUUCCUCCAGUCCCUGAGCGAGCUCACCACCCGGCUGGAGAGGUGCAAAACUACCUUCAUCCGGUGUUUGAAGCCAAACUACAUCAAGGUUCCUGGCAUCUUUGACGUGGACUACGUCGCAGCUCAGCUGAGGCACGCGGGAAUCCUGGAGACCAUCCACAUCCGGAAGGAGGGUUUUCCCGUCCGGAUCCAGUACUCCUCCUUCAUCCAGAGGUAUGGGGUUCUGCUGAACCCACAGCUGAGUGAGUCGUCAGACAGUGAACAGACCGUGGCUCUUCUGGACGUGGUUGGUGCUGAAGAGGGACAGUACGAGCUGGGCCUCACUAAGGUUUUCCUCAAGGAGCCUCUUCACCAGCAGCUGGAGGACAAAUGGAGCAGCACCCAGACGUGGGCGGCCGUCACCAUCCAGAGGAAUAUCAGGGGCUUCCUCUGCAGGAGGAACUUCCGCUUCUUCAAACAGCAAGCCAUCGUCAUCCAGAGCCACAUCCGAGGACACCAGGCCAGGAAGUACUACAAGCGUCUGAGGCAGUCCUUCUCCCAGUUCUGGGCUCUGAUGCUGAUUACAAGAAACACAAUCAAGAGAUGCCACUGGAGGAAGGAGCUUCAGGAGAAGACCACCGUUAAACCAGUGACGAAGAUCAAGUCCGUCUGUCCAGAGAUGGACAUCGGGAUGCUGGAGAUCCCUGCAGAACUGUCUGCCAGGAUCAGAUCUGCAACAGGUCAGCAACGUCCCCCAGAGGUCACGGAAGUGGCUCCUCCUCAGGUGAAGGCAGAACAUAAGCUCACCCUGCCUCCGGAUAUAGACAGAUACCCGUUCUCUCGCUACGUCAAGUCUGUGAUAAAGGAUACAUGGAGCCAGCCACAGGGUUACCCGCUCCAGAGACCCCUCACUUGUCUCGAGCCCGAAGAUGCCGGAACAGCCUUGGAAAUUCACAAACUGAUCUUGAGAUUCACAGGUGAGUCCGAACUCAGCGAUUGGCAGGAGCAGAUUUUGGGGAACUACAUCGUGGAGAAGGGCCAGAGCCAGCCGGCCCUGAGGGACGAGAUCCUGGUCCAGUUGGCGUUCCAGACGUGGGACCAGCCGGAGGACCAGAGGAGUCUGAGGGGGUGGCUCCUGCUGGCCUGCUGCCUCAGCGCCUUCACUCCGUCACCAGCCCUGGACCAGCCGCUGCUCAAGUAUGUGUCUGACCGCGGUCCAGGGGAAUGCCGGUCGCUCUGCCAACACAAGCUGCUGACGUCUCUGCAGCUACCGGCCCCCGCUGCUCGCAUGUACCCCCCCACCCAACUAGAGUGGACCUCCAAUCGGAGGAAGGGAACCAUGCUGCUUGACGUGAACACCUUCACAGAUGAGAGUCUGACGACUGAAGUUGAGUCAUGGACCACCGGAGAGGAGCUGGCCGCAUGGAUUCUUCACAGCAGAGGUGUGACUGAGGCGGUGCAUGGGUGGUCAGUGUCCCUUGUAACCAAUGAGGGCUGGUCUGAACUCUCUGGCUCAGACUUUGUCAUGGAUCUGGUGGCCGGAGCCGAGGCUGAAGUUCUGCCCCCACCAGGGACCCCCUCCUCUACAAACUCCGACUACCUGUUCACCAGGCAGUCAGACAGGAUGCCAUCUACAGAUCUGGAUGAUUUCAUCCCACCAGCACCGCCCAUGCAAGCCCCGGGACUUCCUUCUUUUGAAGGAAACUCCUGGGAAAGAGACUAUCCGCAAGAAGGGCGGGGUCGGCAGAUGGAUGCGUAUGUUGAUGACCUGUUCCACCCGGUGCUGGACCACGGGCCUCAGGACAUGGACAGAGUAGCCAUGUUAAACCGAAGGAUGAGGGGCGGAGGUGGGAUUGGGCCCAUGCACCCCGGCAUGUAUGGAGCUGGUAUGCCGAUGACGAUGCCGAGCUAUCCAAUGGGAGCUGCAGCAAUGCCAUCAUACGGUGCACCGGCCAUGAUGCCAGCGAUGCCAGCGAUGCCAGGCAUGAUGUUCCCCCAGGCUCCAGCCAGCGACCCCAUGCAGAUGGCAGCGACUCAGCAAGCGCUCAUCAACCAGCAGGCCCUCCUCAUGGCCCAGCAGAUGACCAUGCAGGCGAUGACGCUGUCUCAACAGCAGACGCAGGAGGAGCAGAAGAAGAAGAAGGAGCAGGAGAAGAAGAAGGAGCAGGAGAAGAAGAAGGAGCAGGAGAGAAAGCAGGUGGAAGAGAGGCAGUGGCGACGACAGUCAACGCGUCGCGCAAAGGAACGCUCGCGUUCAUCCUCCCCGCAAUCCCCCUCACCUCCACCUGCAAAGCCUAAAGCCCCUGCACUUAAAAAACGGAGCUCCAGCUACAAGCAGCCCGAGCCACAGGUACAAGAAGACUUGACAGAUCCAGAAGAACUGCAGUCCUUCAGAGACAAGAAAGAACACUUCCAGAAGAUCGGCUUCAAGCCCAAAGGUGAACGCAAAACCCCAAAACGGCAAGAAGCUCCCCCCAGUCCACCGAGGCGGGAGCAGCCCCCACCUCCACCUGUACUGGCUAAACCUGAAGCGAGGCAACCUAGGGCCAAAGAAGCACAUAACCAGAGAGAGAAACCGGCUCCAAAGCCUGCCGAAGACCCUCGACAAGAACCAACUUCCAACAUCAGGGACAUCAUCAGGAUGUACAACAGCAGACCCCAGCCCGAGCCCAAACCCUUCGAGCCCGUCAGACCCUCCGGAAGGGCAUUUGUGAAGAAGAACAACGACCCUAAAGAGGAAGCUCUGGCCAAACUGAAGAAUAAAGUCCCAGUUGCUCAGAAACAGUGGGCUCCUCCUCCCCGGUCUCCCCCCCGGGGGCCCCGGGUCAUCUCCAACAGCAUGAAGCAGAAGCAGCCCCUGGAGGACCUGUUCGCCUCCCAGCGCUCGCAGCCGCCUCCGCCUCCUCCACCCGAGACCCCGCCCCCUCCUCUGAGGCCGGCUCCCGUCCUCCAGAACAUCCCCGACCCCCACCCAUGGCCGCCCCGGCUCUCAGUGAUUCCAGACGAUGACGGCGUUCGCUCUAGGCUCCACCGUUUCUCUGCUGGCGUUUACUUCUCCUACUUCAACAACCCAGGAAAGAUGUUCCUGCGGAAAGAAGUAAGUCAUCUUCUGAUGGGAUGA